CUUCAGAGAACCAGGCGGACGCACCGAUGGCUCCUAUUUCUUUUGACUUUCGCGUAAUGUUGUUGUGUGUUUCUCGGUUUGUUUCGCACCUCCCAGCCCUUCACCAUCCUCCAGGCCGAGGGUGGAGGUCCUGAGCGCUGAAGCCGGGGAUCCGUGCCCGCCCGCCGGACUGGUGCAGGCGGUGCAGCGCGCUGAGAGAGAAAACCUCCAUCCCUGCAGGACUGAGAAUCCUCUGGAGCUGAUCCAUCUUCACUAUUAUGAGUCUGAGCUGCUGAAGAUUUAUCUUCUUUAAUUCUCCAUCCAUCUUGAAGCCCACCUGAUUCCUCGAUGGGUUCCCGCAGCCAAGGCUUCUUCCACCACCACCACCACCAUCGCAGCUCCAUGGUGCCCACCGCAGUGCCGAGGCUGCUGCCUGAGAACGGCAGCCUUCUGGGGGGCAUCGCGCAAAUCACCCCCAACCUCUUCCUCAGCAGAGGGAACGUGGCGUCCAACCGCAGCCUGCUGCUCUCAAAAGGCAUCACCUGUGUGGUCAACGCCACCAUCGAGCUCCCAAACUUCAACUGGCCUCACAUGGAGUAUGUUAAGGUCCCACUGGCGGAUAUGCCCCACUCCCCCAUCUCCUUGUAUUUCGACAGUGUGGCCGAUAAGAUCCACAGCGUGGGACGUAAGCGAGGCGCGGUGCUGGUGCAUUGUGCGGCGGGGGUGAGCCGCUCAGCCUCUCUGUGCCUGGCAUACCUCAUGAAGUAUCACCGCGUGUCUCUGGCAGAGGCCCACGCCUGGGUCAAAGCCCGCCGCCCCGUCAUCAGGCCCAACGGAGGCUUCUGGCGCCAGCUCAUCGAGUACGAGAGGAAGCUGUUUGGUAGAAACUCUGUUAAGAUGGUGCAGACGCCCUACGGGGUCAUACCUGACGUGUAUGAGAGAGACCGCAGGAGCCUGGCUCCGUACUGGGGCCUGUGAGAGAAGCUGCAUCCCCAGAGAGAGCUCGCCUGGACUGUAGGUUUGACGCCUGUUCUGCAGGUGAAGUGAGACACGUGAGUUUAGAUCUGUGUGAAGCUUAUUUAAUGAAUUAUUGGUGCACUCGGACAGAGGGAGUAUAACCGAACGCUGGUUGUUGAUGCUGCUGCUGUUCAUCCAAUCAGUCGCCUCCAUUUAGUCUUUGAGUGGGUCCAAGGCCACUUCCAGCCCAGCGUCCUCUGGACCAAAGGAUUGUUGGGACUGUGGUUAUCAUCAGACACCAAAACAAGAUGAAACACUCAGCUAGUUUAUCUAAUCCUGGUCUGUGUUUCCAGGUCCAGGGGAGGACGUCAGCUGUGCUCCAGACUCUGCAGCUCUGACUGUGACUCCUUUUCCUGACGUGGUGUCAUGUGGUGGUUUUGUGCCAGUUUAAUCUUUGGUGUAAGAGCACCAGCGUGCUCUGAAUUUAUGGUAGCAUUAAGAUAAGUGUAAAAAACAAGUACGUAGACAAAGUGUUUAAUUGGAAUGUACUGAUAGUGAGGUAGAACGGUUUACGAUGCACUUUAAUGAAAGAUUUAAAGAUGCUAUAAUAUUGACCUUUCUUAAGGGUAAAAUGUUAAAYAUGUUUAAAGUCAAGGUUUAGGGAAAGCUCCUGUGUACCACAGGGUCGACUGCUCCUUCCUCUGACCACACUAUGUUAUUGUAGUGCUAUUUGAUGCUGUAUUUAAAAAAUAAUGAAUCUGCUGCCUCAAGGGAACUGGCAGGUCUAUGAUAGAUAGACGCUUGGGAGAGUAUUGUCCAACCCACUGUUUUUGCCUCGUGUCAAUAGGUUCCAGAAAGAUCUUUAGUGGUUCAGCGCUUUUCUGAAGAGACGUGUCACACAGUGUGAAAAUCCUACUUCUGCUGUCGUGUGGUGGUGGAAAUGUUCACUUUGCUGCACGUCAGUCUGAGCUCUGAAAGUACUGCACAGAUGUUGUGUUCAACUGCAGCAGAGUGGAUAUUUUCAACACACAGAGAUCGAUGAACCACUGCUUUUCUGCCAUAAUAGAUUAAGUGUGAUAUUACAAGUUAAAUAUAAAAGAAUAAAAGUGCAGGGGUAAUUUAUUGUGGAAGGAGAAAAUGUUUUUUUCCCAGUAAUCUGUAAUCUGAUAUUUCAAAUUGUAUAAUGCC